GGAUGGAAACGGCCCUGUGUCACAACACGACACACGUUAGGCUUUUGGUGGGAAUAUGACUUCGCCUUCGUGCACAAUUAUCUUGGAAUGCAAAGUAUUAACGUCUAUUUUCUGAUGUUUAUCGUGACGCCAAAGUGAGCGGAUAUGUGUCAGGCUCACAACAAGUGGACAGAUUAAUUUAUAAGAGCACUCUGGGUCCGUUAAAUCCACCAGGCUAAUCGGGAAAAGUUCACUCUGCCUAUUGUUUGCUAGCGUGCUAACACGUUAGCCGACGGGCUGUAGCCGAAUACAAGCAAACUGUUUUUCUUCUUCUUCUUCUUCGGGGCUAAAGCUGCUCUGCGCUGAGGCGACGCUGUGUGUGUGUUUUUGUGUUUUGUCAACCGGGGCCACGGUAGGAGCGAGGCAAUUGUUGGUUUAUUUGUCCUUGUUGAACCUGUGAAGAGUCCACGACACCAUGCCAGAAAUCCAGCUCAAGCACGUCGUGUCCUGCAGCACCGAGGACACUACUCACAAGGCGGACAACCUGCUGAGUUCUGACACCUACCGGAAGUGGAAAGCAGCCAGAGCCGGGGAGAAGCAGACGUCGGUCAUUCUGCAGUUGGAGAAGGAGGAGCAGGUGCACAGCAUCGAUAUAGGAAAUGAAGGCUCAGCUUUCGUCGAGGUGUUAGUUGGCAAUUCCUCCGCUGUCAGAGACCAGGACUAUGAGGUGCUUCUGGUCACGUCUUCCUUCAUGUCCCCAACGGAGAGUCGCAACGGCACCAACAUGAACCGGGUGCGUUUCUUUGGGCCCAACCAGCUGCAGAAGAGCACAUCACAGGAGAAGUGGGACAGGGUGAAAAUUGUGUGUAGCCAGCCAUACAGCAAGAACAUAGCAUACGGACUGGCCUUUGUUAAGUUCCAUUCACCGCCGGACAAAAAUGAUCCUCCUCCCACAACCUCCCCAAAACUGACAAAGCUUGGACAGUUCAGGGUGAAGGAUGAGUCUCCAUCGUCCGGGUCCAACCUUCAGCCUGGCAGUCUCUUCUUCAGUCGGGAUAGUGCGACAAAACCCAGCACUUCCCUCAAAGUGUCCCCUCAGAGUGAGAAGUUGAGUUACGCUGCUGCCGCCCUGCAGUCUGGUGGCCCCUCCCACUCAUCAGGCCCGGCUUCCUCGUCCAACUCGGCCUCACCACAGCCACCAGCAAAAAAAAAAUUUGAGUUCAGCAAAGAGCGGCAGUCGGCCCUGGGCCCUCCUCCUUCGAAGAAACUCAGCCCAGCUGGCUCACCUGAGAGCAAAGCUGUGACCCCCAAAAACAAGCCAAGCCCAGCCAGCGUGUCCAACUCCAGUUCUGCGAGAGCUUCCCCGGCACAGAAACCUUCUGAUAAAAAGAGGGAGAGUCAGUCCAAAUCCGAAACGCCACCGAAAAAACAGAAAGCAAAAUCCCAGGUUACCCAGCAGGUCCCGUUCAACCGUAUCAUGGAGGGGGUGGUGUUUGUCCUCAGCGGCUUCCAAAACCCAUUCAGAGGGGAGCUGAGGGAAAAGGCUCUGGAUAUGGGAGGCAAGUACCGGCCGGACUGGACGCCCGACUCCACGCACCUUAUCUGUGCCUUCGCCAACACCCCCAAGUACAGCCAGGUGAAAUCCGCAGGGGGUAUCAUCGUACGGAAGGAAUGGGUGAUGGACUGUCACAAGAGGAAACAAAAGAUCUCCUUUAAACGGUAUUUGAUGGAUGGAGCAGAGUCGAGCUCCGAGAGCGAAAUGGAAGUGGACGACCAGAGUGAAGAGGAAAUGAGCACAAAGACUCCACAGAAGCAAGAGAGACAAGUCACCCCCAACAAAACACCAGAAAGGAGGAAGAAAGAUGACGACGAAUACGCCGGCUCCACUGACGUGGAUGAACCAGGAGAUGAUGAUGAUGACGAAUCUGCCGUGGACACGGAAGACGAGCUGCAGAGAGUGGAGAAGGAGAACAGGCAGAAAAAAGCAGCAGCAGCAGAUGUGAAGAUGGUGAAAGAGGAGGAUCCGUAUGGGGGCUCGACAGAUGAAAACACAGAUGCUGAGGCUGAAGAGGAUCAUCCCAUCCCCGAGCUACCAGAGUUCCUGAGCGGAAAGCACUUUUUCCUCUACGGCAAAUUCCCCAACAACGAGAGACGCCUGGUGUUGCGAUACAUCGUCGCCUUUAACGGAGUUAUCGAGGACUACAUGACGGAGAAGGUGCAGUUCGUGGUGACCAGUGAGGGCUGGCACGACUCUUUUGAAGACGCCCUGAUGGAGAACGGCAAUCUGAACUUUGUCAAACCCGCUUGGAUUUACGCCAUCAAUGAACGACAGAAGAUCCUGCCCUAUCAGCCCUACACUGUCGUCCCCUGAACGACUCGCCGUGUGCACAACCAAGCGCUCGCACACACUCUGACUCCAUGUACCGGCGAAGACGCAGUGGGGAAAUCAUAGACUUUUUUUCUUCUUUUUUUUUCACUUGACUUAGAAAAAGCAACUGAACCAAUUCUGGUUCAUUAAUGACAUUUUUUUUUUUUACCAUGAAAUGUUUCACCUUUUGGCCAAGCUAGGGAAAAAAGAAAAUGUCUAUUUAAAUGGCGUCUGUUGAAUGUUAGGAUAAGUUUAGAUUUAUUAUUAGCCGUUUAUUUGAAGCUUGUUAAACUUAGCUUGGCCACGAAGCAACUUCAUCAUCAUCAUUAUCAGUGCGCUUCUCAGUCGCUUUGUCUUUUAGUACGAAGCACACGCACCCUCCGCUGCCGCUUGCCUCCGCUUGCUGCCGCCGCUCACCUCAGCUUCCUCAGGCUCCGUCUGGAAACGAGUUAUCACCCCGUCCUGACUGCCGGCGGCACCGAUAAGACUCUGACUUGUGUAAGCGGGCUGACUAUUACGAGCCUGGAGUCAGGCACAAGGUGCCAGUUAUUUAAGGUUGCAGCAAAAAAACGAAGACUCUCUGAGGACUGCGCUAGUAAAUUGAUGGGUUUCUGUGUGUUGUUAAAAGUUUUAAACCGUUUGAUUUGUGUUUUGGUUUCAUGUGUGUGUUAAAUAUAACGAGAGGCGGACCGGCUCAAUGGACGCGAGGACGUAAUAAUGAGCGUCUGUUUUUUUUGCGUUACUCAAAAUUUCCGUUUUGGUUAAUUCACUGAAGCAGCUUGUGUACAUCUCUAACCCUAACCCCCCCCUCUUUACAAUACUUUAUUAUUUUGUCUAAAUAAAAAAAAAGAUCUUCAA